AUGCCAGAACAACUUCAAAAACUAGUGAUAGAUAAUGGAUCAUAUACUAUUAAAGCUGGAUUCAAUACUGGUGAUGAUGACGGUAAUGAUACUUCUACACCAAUUAAAGUAACCAAUGCAAUAUCGAAAACUAAAGAUGGGAUAAUACAUGUUGGGAACCAAUAUUUAUCACAUACCAACAAUUUUUCUGGAAUUCAAUUUAGACGCCCAUUUGAACAAAAUAAUUUAACUUCUUGGGAAACUGAAAAACCAAUAUGGGAUUAUACUUUAGAUAAUUUAUUAUUACAAACUAAUGAUCAGUCCCAGUCGACAUCAUCAUCAUCAUCAUCAUCACUACAGAAACACAAGAGGGGGAAAGUCAUUGAUCCUGAUGAUAUUCAUUUAAUUUUAACGGAACAACCAUAUCAAUUACCACAAUUAUCGACUAAUACUGAUCAAAUAAUAUUUGAAGAAUAUGGAUUCAAUAAAUAUUAUCGAUGUAUUGCCCCUAGUUUAGUUCCAUUUAGUGUUGAUACCAAUCAAAUUAAUGAUGAUUUUGUGUUAGUGAUUGAUUCUGGGUUCAAUUCAACUUGGAUAGUACCAAUGAUAUAUCAACAAAUCCAUUGGCCUGCAGUGAAGAAAUUACCCAUUGGUGGCAAUUUAUUGAAUGGGUUGUUACGAGAGAUGAUUCUGUUUCGUCAUUAUGAUAUAUCUGAAGAUCCAAUAUUGAUUAAUACAAUCAAAGAAUCUACUUGUUUUAUAUCACUGUCAAAUUAUCAACAAGAUUUGCAACAUAAACAUGAUUUAAUGUGUGAAUUUGUUUUACCUGAUUUCAAAUUAACUAUAACAGGGUUUGUUAAAAAUGAAAAUUCAAUGUCACUGCAAAAACUACCUAAUGAUACCCAAGUAUUAAAACUUUAUGAUGAAAGAUUUACCGUUCCAGAAACUUAUUUCCAUCCAGAAAUAAUAUUUGAUAAUAAUCGAACUACUGCAUCAAGUAGUCUACUUAAUAAUGCUCCAUUCAAAAAUCUUACUGAUUUAAUAGUUGAAAGUAUUAUGGCGUGUCCUUCAAUUACUCAACCGUUAUUACUGGCAAAUAUUUGUUUAUCAGGAGGGUCAACCAAUAUACCUAAUUUUAAAACUCGAUUAAUUGGUGAAUUAAGAAAAGAAUUACCGUCAAAUUGGAAAGUAAAUAUAUUUGAUAAACAAUAUGAUAUAAAUCGUGAUGAACUAAGUUGGUAUGGAGGUAUUAAUUUAUCUAAUGAACUGGAAUUAUUACAAGAAAUUAGUAUUUCGAAAAAAGAUUAUUUUGAACAUGGUGCUAAUUGGUGUCAACAACAAUUUGGAUUCAAAAAUGUAUAA